AUGUCUUCGCCGAAACUGAAGGUAGCAAUCGCCGGACUGGGCCGGAUGGGCGCGCGCCAUGCUCUGCACUUCCACACCAUGACGCCUCGCGCCGAGGUCAUUGCCGUGUCGUCGCCAGACGCCAAGGAACUGGCAUGGGCGGCUCGAACUCUGGAGGGAGUCAGGACGUACGCGGAUUACGACGAGAUGUUGAGGCAAGAGAAGGACUUACAGGCCGUGGUCAUCGCGUCGGCCACGGUCGCGCACGCCGAACAAGCAAUCCAGGCGAUCCGACUCGGGCACCACGUCCUGUGUGAGAAGCCACUGAGCACCAAUCCAGAAGUGUCACAAGCCGUCGUCACGGCAUAUCGGGCGUCGAGCAAAGAGUUCCCCAAGCAAAAGGUCAUCUGCGGCUUCUCGCGUCGAUUCGACGCCUCGUACCGUGACGCCCACGAGAAGAUGCGCGCCGGGCUGAUCGGUCGGCCGGCCGUCUUCCGCUCUCAGACGUGCGACAAGCUCGACCCGUCGGGCUUCUUCGUCCAGUACGCUCAGUUCUCGGGCGGCAUCUUCGUUGACUGCUCCAUCCACGACAUCGACCUGGCGCUGUGGUUCUUCGGCGAGGACUCGGUGGUCAAGUCCGUCAGCGCCGUCGGCAUCACCGCCGUGUCUCCGGAACUGCGGAAAUACAACGACCGCGACAACGCGCUGGGCAUCGUCGAGUUCCACGGCGGCAAGAUCGCACAGUUGUACUGUUCGCGCAUGAUGGCCGCCGGCCAGGAAGACAGCACCGAGAUCACGGGGACCGAGGGGAAGCUGGCCGUCAACACGCAGCCCAUGGCCAAUCUCGUCCACAUCUACGAGCCCUCGGGCAUCCGCCGCGAGAUCCCGCCCCAUUACUACGGCCGGUUCCGCGACGCCUUCAUCACCGAGGCCAAUGAGUUCACGGCCUGCUGCCUCGACGACACGGAGCCCCCGUUCAAACUGGAGGGUGCCGUCACCGCCGUCAAGAUCGGCUGCGCGUUGCAAGAGAGUCUGAUCACCGGCAAGAAGAUCGAGUUCAACGAGAACGGCCAGCGCAUAGGCAGUGUCGAGGAUCAAUCAUCGCCCCUGACUGCGAGGCUGUGA